AUUUAGCUAUACUGUUUUCGUAAAUUAUACAUUUGAUCGAAUAGUAGAUUAUGUUUCUGGUUUUAAAAAUCUAUAAUUCAUUCGAUCAAUCAUAAUCAAUGAAUCUACCGUAGUAAACAAAGUGAUAGUUAAUUUUGUUUUUAUUUCACAAUAAUUAUACAACACAGCUUCUAUUUAUGUACCUAUCGUUUUAAUGCAUAGUUUAUAAUUAGUGAAGAGUGUGUCAUGUGUGUGAUAGUAAAGAAGAAAUCUAAUCAGCUGUAACAAAUCCACACAAUAUUGUGAUCCUAGGCACUAUGUGUUCAUCAACAGUGAUAUCGUUUUUUAGUCAAUGGAGAUCGUGGAUCAGGCCGUUUCUGAUCGCGCUUUAUGCUAUAUUGAUAGUAGUUUUAGUUCCGAUUCUAAUAGCGCAUUCUAUCAAAAAUGGCUUCAAAAAGUCGGAUCAAGGUGCUCUAGUCGGGGGAGCUUUCGUUCUGCUUGCGCUACCUAUAUCCGUAUGGCAGAUAAUUCAACACAUUGUACAUUACACGAAACCUUCGCUGCAGAAACACAUUAUAAGAAUAUUAUGGAUGGUACCUAUUUAUGCUCUCAAUGCAUGGAUAGGGUUACAGUUUCCAGAACAGUCCAUAUAUGUGGACUCCCUCAGAGAGUGCUAUGAAGCCUAUGUCAUCUACAACUUCAUGAAGUACUUAUUAAACUAUCUGAAUGAAGAUCAUGACCUGGAAGCUGUUUUAGAGACUAAGGCUCAAGUUUACCACAUAUUUCCGCUAUGCUGUUUGACACCGUGGGAAAUGGGGAGCGAGUUUAUACACAAUUGCAAACAUGGAAUACUUCAAUACACUGUUGUGAGGCCGAUCACAACUGUGAUUUCGAUGAUAUGCGAGCUGAGUGGAGUGUACGGCGAGAGUGAUUUCAGCCCCAACGUCGCCUUCCCCUACAUGGUGGCCAUUAAUAAUUUAUCACAGUUCGUUGCCAUGUACUGCCUGGUUCUCUUCUACAGAGCGAAUAAAGAAGAACUCAAACCAAUGAAACCGAUUGGAAAGUUUUUGUGCAUAAAAGCCGUUGUAUUCUUCUCGUUUUUCCAAGGAGUAAUGAUCAACAUUCUUGUGUACUGCGGUGUGAUAUCAACAAUAUUUGACAUAUCUGAUUCGGACAAGAUAAAAAUUAUAUCUUCAGAGUUACAGGACUUCCUAAUUUGCAUAGAGAUGUUCUUGGCUGCGAUAGCGCAUCACUACAGUUUCUCGUAUAAGCCUUAUGUGUCGCCGCUGGACCCUUCGCCGUCGUGUCUCGGAUCAUUCCUCGCUAUGUGGGACGUGUCCGACGUCAAGCGCGAUAUAUCCGAGCAUCUUGGGGUUGUCGGGAGUUCAUUCAGUCGCAGGCUCAGAGGCAAGUCUAAUUACCACAUGACGCGGGGGUACGACGAGAGUUCUAGACUAAUGAGCGAACCGGUUCCGUCGAGUUCUGCGCCAAAUUUUAGCAUAGACCCGGAGCUGCCGCCCGUCGACGUGCGACCGUCCGCUUAUGGCUCCCUAGAAAAUACUGUUACGAUGCCCUCUGAGAGCGAGCCACUACUCGACCCGAACGAUCGAACCAGUUCAUAUGACCCGAAAGUGUAAAAUCCAAUCUGACAUCAAUACUCAAACCUCAUUUGUUCGAAGAGUUAUCGAACGCGAUGCCGAUUGACCGUAGACACUAGACGAAUGAAGACGUGAUAAAACAAUAUCUAUUAAGCCUUUUGUACAUUCCUCAUCGAGAGCAAUAUUUAUUUUACUAUACCAAAGUGCAACUGUGCUAAUAUAAUCAAAGUAAUAUUCUCGUUAUAUAUAUUUCUCAUCACAUGAUCUGCAUAAUUUCUUCGGUAUUUACCAAUCAAAAGUUAUAAGUAAUACAACAUUGUGAUAUUUGUUUAGAUGUAUAUGACACUGUAAUUAUAUUAAACGUUAAGUUUUAGAAAUACAAAAUAUUUGUUAAUUUGGUGUGUUUAUUAUUAGUUUUGUUUAUUGUUUAAAGAUUACAUCAGCAAAUAUUUUUCAUCGGCAUAAAGGAAAUGAUUAUCAAAUAAAAGAUAAGCAUAAUCGA